AUCUCCCCGAGCGGCAGUUGAACCACCCAGCAUUGUAACAGACAACCGGAUAUUGGCGACAUGCCCACCGCGUCACGCUGUGACCUCUCGCCUGGCAACAACCUGCCGGGGGAGGAGGAGGAGACCAGCCCGUCCUGCUGGGGCGGCUUCUGUCGCAAGGGGCCGCGUAAAUCGGUGGCUGAAAAGGCCCUCCUAAAGGCCCAGUUUAAACUUUAUAAGACUCAGGUGAGGGUGCACCAGAGCAUCCAGCAGCUGUGGCGGGACGUAGCCGCGGUCGCUGCCGCCAAGGAGCUGAAGGAGGAGGAAGAAAAGGAGUGGAGCGCGGGAGCAGGAGAUCACAAGAAGGUGUCCAAAUGGCCCUUUGUCAACAGAUGGAGGCGCAAUAGGAUCUCUCCCCACAAGGUCAGCAGACCAGGAACAACCGCCCAGACAGAAAUGGACCGGGAUGCUCCCGUCGCACUUGUGGAUAAAUCCAUGGCCACCAGCGUGACCCUGAGCAACAUCACCAUCCACCUCGCUUCCACCGGGAGUGGCAACAGCAGCGACGGCAGCAUUGGCUACCCGUCACAGUCCGAGUCCUCCAAGUGUUUUGCAGACUCGUCUAUCAUCGAUUCCAGCGAUGAUGGCUCCCUCCACAGCGACCCUUGCACCCCUCCGCCUCUCCAGCUGGAACUCGUCAACACGGACCCUACGAUCAUGGAGCCACACGGUGCGCUGUCCCUCGACCAGGAAACAUCAAGCAAGCAUCGGAUAGUGGUCAUGGUGCCAUCAGCCCAUUGGAAGACUGGCCAGGCAUCGAUUCAUCAACGUUGCGCCCUGCGCAAGUCAAGACUGGUUCCUGGUGUCUCUGCUGUCAUUGAAGCGGUCGGCGAUCCUCCUGGAGUACUGCCUCUUGGCCAAUCUGAUGCCUCGCGACAGGUUGGCCCUGGCUGUAUUCAGGCCCAUCUCCUCGCCAGCUUUGAAGGCGGCGUUCCGAGCCCUCAGGAGCCUGUGGACUUCCCCUGUGGCUGCCUUUCUGAACAUGUUCCAGUCGGUGGUGGAGAAGCAGUCCUGGAGUGCCUCUGA